GAGAGCGUUUCCCUCUCUGCAUAGUGCAUGUCUUCAUCAGAUUUGUUUGUUUAUCUUCUUCCUCUUAAGAUGAAAGAUUGCUCCAACUCCAAGUUGCGGAGCCCAAGUUGGCCACUCGCUUUGCUUGGGCUCACCGUGUCCACUCACUCAAUGCAGUCAAAAGUUGGAUUUAGGUAUUGUGAGGACUAUAACAUUUAGGAGUAGUCAAACAUUCUCGACGAGGGCUCAAAUAAAAGUGCACGCGUCCUGUCGUUUAAGCCUUAUCCAUCUAUUUAGACCUAACUCCUGCUUUGCUGGAGGGAUUGCGACGGUUGAUUAUAUUAAAAAUAAAAAUAAAAAAAACAAUAGAAACAUGAUCUAGAGAAGACUAAUUAAGAUUAUAUCAAUUAUGUUUUUCUAAUUUUAUUGUGUAACAUAGAAACAUGGUCUAGAAAGAUAUAUAAUAACUGGUUGUAGAGACAAGAAAAAUUAACAUAAAAUCAACAAACUAAUAGUUUCACUACAUAUGAGAAAUUUUUGUAGAUGCAAAUUCUUCCUAAAGAAAUUAAUUUUCUAGUGGCUACAGCAUAGUUGCGUGGUUCCUAGAAGUUCAAUGGCCCCGUAUACGUUAGACGGUCGUUGGAAGUCUUUAUGCCGGCAUUUUGGGGAAAAAAAAAAAAAAGGACCAUACCUCUUAGAAACUUUCACUAACAUAUCAAUGCUCACCAGACAUAGGAAUUAAAAUAUGCUUAGACUUCAUGAUGUUAUUUAAUAGUUAUGACAGAAACAUAAAUUACAGACCUUUCAUCCAGCGAUGCAAAGUUUAACAUCUUCCGGCGGGCUAACGUUCAUUGUAUAUAACAUUGUGAAAAGUAGGCAUCUUUUUUAUCCAGAAAAAAAAAAAUGCCUAGUUUUCAUAGUUUCCUUCUGAUUCAAUCAGGUUCUUAAAUUAAAAUGGUACUCAGAAGAAAAAAUGAAGAAAGAAAAAAGAGCAACUAUAGCGUAAUUUGACACAUUCACUGGGGGAAGAAGGGUUUCAAUUAGGACUAUCCGAUCAAAAUCAAGCCAAAGAUAAAUAGCGGCUUUUACGAUUCGUCCUCAUGGAAUGUGUUGGAUUGCCGUUGUUUUUGUUUUACUAUGUGAACAAUAUCGUACAAAGGCAAAUGUUUAAUUCACCAGAAUGCCUCAUCCCUAUCAUUAUGAUAACGAAAUCUAUGAUUUUUCUUUUCCCGGUGGAGCGAAAUCUAUAAAUUUUAUAGGCAUUGUCCACGUUAUCUGAAAUAUAAGAAAAUGCUGAACUGUAAUAUAAUUUCUCCAUCGACAUUAUUCUGUCUUUUAACUUUUGUUCUUCCUUCUGACAACAAUUUUUUUAAUUUUCCGUCUUCCAUAAGGAAACUUCUUAUAAUUCGUUCAUGAUGGAAAUCAAUCACUACAAUAUUCACCCAAAAAAAAUCGAUACAAUAAUUGAUGAUCAUAAGUCUGAGCCGAAAGCUCCCACUUUCCAUAAGUCACUUGAAAUCCUCUGUCAAGGUCUUCAAUCAGGCCUAGUGGAUCGAUCCUGAUGCUGAGCAUGGAAAACAUCGAAUCCAUAAUUUCAUAUGUCAUGAUCAGCACUCUCUUACUUUACACUCUUAUAGUGGGGUCAGCUCUUUCAGUAGGUUCCUCUGUGUCAUCAUACGAUGAGUGCCAGCCAAGAAACUGCAGAACAGGCACCAACAUAACUUACCCUUUCUACAUCCUUGGUGCCCAAUACCAAUAUUGCGGCAUCAAGGGCUUCAAGAUCCGCUGCGAGGGGGGCAAGCCAAUUAUAGGACAUCCCGGGCUCAUUACAUAGUUAGGGAAAUUUCUUAUGAGAAAGCUCCUUUAGGUUGGUAAAUGAUGUGGUGCUCAAUGAUGCUUGUUCUGUACCACACAAGAACUUCUCCUUCGACCGAUCAUCCAUAGAGUUUGGUAGAGACGGUCUAAGAGAUCUUUGCUUCUAUUACAACUGUGAUGGGUCAAUCUCAGUUAAUAGAUCUGCUGCAUCCCGUGUUGCCUGCUAGUCAGAUUGGAGAAAGAAAUCGCUUGUUGGGUUAGCCCAGAGUAAGCGCUGUGAUCAAGACUUGAAUUGGGAUACGGAGUCUUGCCAGUCGUUCGUUGCUGCCCCGGUUCAAUUGGAAAAGUGGCAACUAAAUUUAAUGAAAGAAGAGCUCGUGUGCGAGAAGUUAUUGAGGGAUGGAUUUACUCUGAAGUGGACUGAGCAUGAUUGUUCAAGGUGUCGAACAAGUCGUGGAAGAUGUGGUACUAAGAAUGGAUUGAGCGUGUGCUACUGCCGUGCCCGAACUUAUCGCAGCCACUGCAGAGAUGCCCUUGGCCUUAUCUUUUCCCACUUCUUUCUGAUUUCCCGUUUCUCUUUGGCCUUACCAAUCCUCUUCCAAUCCAUUCCUGAGUUCGAAAUGGGAGAAUGUCUCUCUGUUUCUCCCUCUCUCAACUCUCACUCCUAGUGUAGUACUAAUAGCCUCCCAUAACGUCGUGUCUGAAUAGUCUCGAUUGAAAACCAAUCUUGAGCAUCUAACAUUACUAGGGCUACGCGUUUUUUAUUUAGACAAGUCGUGAAUCUGACUGAAUAAUUAUAUUUUUCAAGUACAAAAAUCUGAAGUGGCCUUCUGUUCGUUUUCUUGUUUUCUUAAGCAAGAAUGAAGACAUGGUCUUCACUGCUUGUACAUGUCUUCAUUCUUGUAAUGCCAGAAUAGAAGCUUGGGUUGAUAGGUCUGGAAAUUCAAAAACAGACCUCCAUGGAUCAAUAAACAUGAGGUAUAUGCGAACUAGAAAGUUACAGGCCAGUAUAGAUGUUAGCAUAAUAUAUCUACAUUUUCACUAUUCUUUAGUCUUUCAGGGACGCUUUCUGAGCAGCAAAACUGACUUACCACACCUGUACUGUGUCGAAUUUCAAAGCAUCGCUUGACAUUUAGUCAUAAGCUUAUUAAGGAAGGAACAUCUAGGUCUAUUGACCAUCAUUCUGGUCAAUUGACCUGUUCUUCUUCCAUAUUAUUAUUGUCAAAGUCUUCUUAGUGGUGAUCAACGGAAGAAAAUGACAUGUGAACAUAAACUCUAGUUUCUACAAGCAGUCGAUUGGAUGUGGACAAUCAUCAGUAAUGUCUGAAACUUUUUCAAUUCCCACCUUGAAAAGUUUCUGGUUUCUUUGAAGCAUGGACUGAGUCUAACAUGACAUUGGAUUCUUAUAUCUCUCGGCAAUCACUUGUAAACUCCACAUGUUUCGGGCAUGAAAUGACUCUGGAACUUCCUCCUGAUAGUCUUUGAUGUUAACCGCAGCACUGAGUAUUGGUAAUUUCCAACUUUGUAUUUAUAAAGAUCUACGCAUAAGGCUGAGAACUUGUGCGUAGCAUAAGGUUUAGAUUUUGUGAGGUCUAUGUGUGAUUGUUGAGUCAGUGGGUCACUGACUCACAGUUGUUGCUGAGGCCUUCCUCUUCCAUGUCCAAAUUUCCAAGUCAACUGACGUGUGUUUGAAGGACAACUUCACAAGAAGAAGACUCAUCUGUGUUAUUAAUCACCCUGAGAGCGAUAUGGAAAGCAAUUACAUAUAACAGUCCCCGGCUUUUCUCUUAACCAAGACAUUCAUUUACUCUUACUACGUUCGGAUCAUUUCAAUCUUUGAUCCUUUCACAACCCAACGGCGUCCCUCAAAUGAGGAUCGGAACCUUCUUGUUGUUUGAUCACAGAGUUCUCUUUCUUCCUGCUUUGGUCAUUUUGCUGUUGUGCUGCUUCUUUGAAGAGACAGUUGCAUCAAAGAAAUCAAACUAUGAAGCUUGCAAGGAAACCUCCCCUUGCGGUAAUGUGUCUGUAAAGUACCCCUUCUGGACCCAGAAUGACUUCUGUGGUCGUAGAGGUUUCCAGAUCGACUGCAAAGGUGGCCAGCCAUUCUUCAACCUCAUCUUCGGCCGUUACCACAUCCAAAGACCUCUAGCUAAUGAUAGUUGGAGGGACUUCUUAGACCUACAAACCCAUGCUGAUUUCAAUGUCACUUGUCUACCGGACUUUCACUACUCUAGUUCUUCCCAUCCCAAUUCCAGUACCAUUCAUGUCAGCCAAGAUGAAACUAAUGUCUGGAUAUUAGUGUCCUUCUUCUAUAACUGCAGCAGGUUAUUCUCUCUUGAUCAUGCACUUCCAUUGACUUGCAGCACCCAUCAGUCUUAUGUUGCACUAGUACGGAAGAAUAUCACACAUGAUUUAGAAGACCCUCCAUCCGACCCCCCAGAAGGGACCUGUGAGUCUCAGUUCUCUACUACUAUCACUGGGUUAAAGAGCAAGGACUUUGAUCAUAAAAAAAAAACCAUUAAUUACAAGAGGUUUUUAGAGGGUAAUAUUAUGCUGAUGUGGCCAAAAGAGAUCCCCAAGAAUUGUACGAAGUGCCAAAAAAGUGGUGGUUGGUGCGGGCGAUAUGUGUCCGAAGAGGAUCGAUUUCAGUGUUUUUGCUCUGAUGGCGAUGAGCCUGAAUCAUGCACUGCAGGAAAGGAUAAAAGCUUGGAGAUUGGACUAGGUGCUGGGAUUGGAGCCUUGGCUAUUAUCGUAAUUCUCCUGUUGAUCUUCAUUAUCCGCAACAGAAGGAUGCAUGCAUCCUCAAAGGUCCUCUCGAAGAACAAUUCUGCUGAGAAUUCCCUGAUGUCAGAGUUGGCAGGGAGCCAUGUCUACUUUGAAGUACCCAUCUUCCAAAACAAGGAACUUGAAGAAGCCACCAACAACUUCGACACUUCCCAAGAGCUCGGUGAUGGUGGUUUUGGAACAGUUUAUUACGGCAAGCUACGGGAUGGGCGAGAAGUAGCAGUCAAGCGAUUGUAUGAGCACAACUAUCGGCGGAUCAAGCAGUUCAUGACCGAAAUUCAGAUUCUCACUCGCCUCCAGCACAAGAACCUGGUCUCUCUUUAUGGGUGCACUUCUCGGCAGAGCCAUGAGCUCCUGCUUGUGUACGAGUAUGUUCCAAAUGGCACAGUUGCAGAUCACCUCCGUGGAGAUCGGGCUGAACAGGGCCCACUCCCAUGGCACAUUCGGAUGAAUAUUGCCAUAGAAACUGCUACUGCCCUAGCCUACCUUCAUGCAUCUGACAUCAUUCACCGUGAUGUGAAGACCAAUAACAUCCUCCUUGAUAACAACUUUUGUGUCAAGGUUGGUGAUUUUGGACUAUCGAGGUUGUUCCCAAAUGAUGUCACACACGUUUCAACAGCUCCUCAGGGCACUCCAGGGUAUGUAGACCCCGAGUACCACCAGUGCUACCAGCUGACAGAGAAGAGCGACGUAUACAGCUUCGGGGUUGUUCUAGUGGAGCUGCUGUCCUCGAUGCCUGCUGUCGACAUUAGUAGAAAUAGACACGAGAUUAACUUGGCUAACCUAGCAAUUAACAGGAUUCAGAAGCGUGCAUACGAUGAGCUGAUCGACCCCCGGCUGGGGUUGGACUCGGAUGCUGGAAUCAGGGAGAUGAUGACUGGGGUGGCCGAGUUGGCCUUUCUGUGCUUGCAACAGGAGAAGGAAAUGAGGCCCCCAAUGGUUGCGGUAGUUGAGGAACUCAAGGCAGUUGCAAGUCGAACAAAAGUUGUGGACAUAAGUAAGAGCUUUUUGCCUUCUCCUGAGUCUGAUGAGGCAGGGCUGCUGAAAAGGACGAAGUUUCCAACUUCUCCUUUAUCUGUUACUCAAAAAUGGGUUAGCAGUGGCAGCUCUUCUACGCCGACUGCGAGUGCCUAAUGUGCACGACCCCCUAUAUAACUGUCAGCCAGGUGCAUUGCAAUUUUCCAGCAUUAAUGAAUAUUGAUAUUAUUACAGAUGUAGAUAUCAGUGAAAAUGAUCAAAUUUACAUUUCGAUUUUGGAUGUAUACUUUAUGUUUGCCGUGAAAUCAGGGUAGAUAAUGAAGGAGCUGUCUGUACCAUUAAUCGCUUGAAAUCAGUACGCAGUAAGCAGAGAUACUUCAUUCCAUGUGUUAGCAAGUUAUGGACUGUAUAGCCUCGACGUACUUUCUAAUUUCCAAUGAAAUUCUAUUUUAUCAAA